AGUGCACUGCUGGCCUUCACCCGUGACUCUGCGUGACAACAACAGCAGAACAAAAGCAAGGCUCCAGUGCAAGAGCAACCAGUUUACAUCUUAUUUCUUUCAAGCAAAUCUCCUCUCACUAGCUACAGAUAAUAACCAUGAAUUUUCUCGAGUGCAUGCGGCGCUUCAGUCAAGCUCUACUGAUUAUCACCAACUCCAUUGUCGGGCUUCUCGGCCUUGCAGUACUAAUCCUUGGAAUAUGGGCACAGGUAUCAGGUCGUGACUACUUUGACUUUCUUUCUCUUGGUGCUGACUAUUCCCCUGUGGGUAUCCUGCUGAUUGUUGUGGGGGUCUUUAUUGUUGUAAUUGGAAUUAUCGGAAUCAUAGGAGCAAUCUUUGCCGGCACUUUGUUUGGAAGAAUCACCCUUGGACUUUAUGCUGUCAUCCUGGGAUUGCUUAUCUUGUGUGAGAUCUCCAUUGGAAUCGCAGCUGGAGUUAAAAGAAAUGACUUAAACAGCUAUUUCAGAGAUAGUGCCCAGCAAACGUUCAAUGAGUCUGGUAGUGACCCCAGCAAAGCUGAUACAUGGAACACAUUGCAAACUCUAUUUGACUGCUGUGGUGUGAACUCUUACAAAGACUACCGAUAUCUCAAUGGCAACAACUCUGUGCCUGCUUCAUGCUGCAACCCCAAUGCUACUGACUUUUGCGAUUCUAUCAGACUGGACGUCACUAACAACACUGGAUAUUACAUUUCAUCCGCUGGCUGUGUAGAUGUCCUGGUCAGCGGUGUUGACACUUACCUCGGGGCCAUUGCUGGUGGCGGCAUUGUCUUUGGUCUCUUCCAGAUAAUCGGAGUGGUAAUGGCUUGCUUUGUGGCCAUUUACAAGGAUCGUGAGAACAAGUACGAAGUUGUCUAGAGAUUGACAAAUUCGUAUGAACUAUCCAUAACACAAACUCCGUAGAUAAUUAUCGUAUUUAUAGUGUCAAUAUGAUGCGUUGUGGUGUGUCCCCUGACGUUUUUAGCCAUUAUUAUAGUUGCAUUGUGUGUUUUGAUGGCAAUUAAAAUUUUG